ACAAAAGGAAAAUUAAAUAUAACUGUAGAAGACCUGGUCUAUUAGGAACAUGCUUGUCCACUCUAUAAAACCGUUAAGGCAGUUGUAUCAUUGCUUCAUGAUAACGUAAUUAGAGGGCACCACUCUCCCCACUCCACCAUCUCCCUCUUCCACCAAGCUAAUAACAUCAGAUUCGUACCAUACCCAACUUCAGGAAAUCAAAGGAGGGACAAAAAAAAAGAAAAAAUGGCAGCUUCAAGCUCACAUCUCUUCCUCCUCUUCCUCUCCCUCUCCAUUUCUCUUUCGUUUGCAGGUGAGAUCCAACUCAUAGUGGUAAACAACUGCCAGCACAGCGUGUGGCCCGGCGUUCUUGGCGGCGCAGGCAACACCUCGCCCGAAGACGGUGGCUUCCACCUCGGCGCCGGCGAGGAAACGGUCUUUGCCGUGCCCGCCGGAUGGUCCGGCAGGAUAUGGGGCAGGAAAGGCUGCUGCUUUGACGAGCAAGGAAAGGGCUCCUGCGACACCGGGGACUGCGGCGGCCUCCUGCAUUGCAGAGGCAUGAGCGGGGCGCCACCCGCCACGGUCGUCGAGAUGACGUUGGGGACUGCCGCAUCUCCCCUUCACUUCUACGACGUGAGUUUGGUCGACGGCUUCAAUCUUCCGGUCGCAAUGUCUCCGGUCGGCGGAGGGGUCGGGUGCGGCGUGGCAGGCUGCGAGGUGGACUUGAACGCAUGCUGUCCUUCCAAGUUUGCGGUGGUGAAGCAGGGGAAGGUGGUGGGGUGCAAGAGCGCAUGCUUGGCUCUGAAGACAGACAAGUACUGCUGCACUGGGGACUAUGGCUCUCCCACGAGUUGCAAGCCCACGCUCUUCUCCCACCUCUUCAAGUCCAUAUGCCCCCGAGCUUACAGCUUCGCCUAUGACGACUCUUCCAGCCUCAACAGGUGCAGGGCAUCACGAUAUCUCCUCACCUUCUGCCCUUCUCCAAGAUAGGAGACGUGAUGUUGAUUUAUUUGUAGUUGCAGUCUUCGUCUUAUUCGCUUUUUGUAGUUGUUUUCUAUUCCUAGCUAGAUAUGUUAUUAGUUAUGGAACAACAGCGUUGUUUAUUGACUUCCGUGGUGGGAAAUCAGCUACAGAGGUGCAAUCAAAUGAGCUUAUUGCUUAUACUUGUUAGUUCGUGUAGAUGGCUCGACGAAAGAGGACCUCAGCAGCCACAUCUGAGAGGAGGAGCCUUAAAAACCAAAGUCUGUGUUAAAGAUUAUACAAAAAAAAGAAAAGUGGGAACGACCAUUACUUGGCCGGAAGUAGCGCAGAAUGAUAAAAGAUAGCCUAAUGGAGAAGAAUGAGUUAAUGCACACCAAGCACUCUAAAUAUGAACCGUCACCCCCACCUUCUACCUCACUGUCAUCCUCAAAAAACGUCGUCUUGAUAUCGGACUCUGUCACCAUAUCGGUAUGUCCGAUAUGAACAUUAAGGUGUUUACUGUAAAACAUGUUAUUCAAGUGCUAUAUAUUGUACAAAAUCAAUCUAAUCCUGGCAUAAUCAAGGUGGGCAACACCCUGCUCAUUAAAACCUACCACCUAUAACAACAUCCUAGCAUUCGAAAUCGCUAUGACACGCAACCGAGCUUACCACAUGCUAAGAGAUAGCAUUGAGAAUUAAUCUAAAAAUGCUUUCGAUGGAUAUUUUCUCAAAGAAGUGCCCAGAUAAAAUGAAAGAGCUGAAAAUACAGCAUAAAUCUUAGACAGAAGCUUGGAGCUGUUCUAUGUUCUGUCUACCUAUGACAGGUAAGUGUGAUAAAAACCCAAGUUCCCAGGUCAUGAAUUCAGAAGCUAAGCCAUUUACACAAGCAGCCAGACCAAGAAGAGCAAGAACCAAAUUAGAGUUUCAAGAGGAACUUUCGAUAGAAAAUACCAGUGAAACAAGCAUAAGAGAAAAGCAGACUUUAUAUAAGAUUGAGACAGGUAUCAGCUGCAACAUAGCAA